CCGAGCAGUGUGAUGCCACUGAGAGAUCUACAUCAGGGUCUCUGAUCUGGCAGGUCGGGUGGAUUCUCUUCGGCCAAAUUCUCAGCGGUCUCGGAACUUGCGCACAACCUCUUUGUAUCACGUAUCUAGACGACAACGUGAAGAAUAAACGAAAUACAACGAUAUUCAUAGGCAUCAUCUUCAGCACGUUUGCAUUAGGACCUACGACAGGUUUCAUGUUGGCGACCAAUUGCUUGGCUCGCCCGACCUUCUUCUACGACCCUUCGGUUCCUCCUCCCGCUGUUCCGCAGGGUCACCCAUACUACAUCGGGGCCUGGUGGCUGGGGUUCAUCAUUAAUGGUGGCAUGCUCAUCAUCGUUAGUAUCCCCUUUUUCUUCUUUCCGAAGACCAUGCGGAGAAAAGCCGAAGAUACCGACGUUGAUGUAGAUGGGAGCAAAGAAGAAAAGGCGAAAGCAAUUGAGCAAAACGGAAAGGAAGGGGAUAUUGAUGUUCACGCGAUCUUCACAACAAGAACUGAGAUUCGGCAGGAUCAAGGACUUACUGAUUUCCUUUCAGACUUCUUCCAAACCCUCAGAAGAAUCGUCACGAAUGUUACAGCCAUGUCUGUAUUCCUUGCGACAUGUUCAGAGCUAACAGGUCACGUGGGGUGGUUUAUCUUCGGCCCAAAGUUCAUGUACACCCAGUUCCGGCUUCCACCUGCCAAGUCUUCUAUGUUGUUUGGUAUGAUGAUGCUGCCUGGACCAAUCUUGGGUAACAUCUUUGCAAGUCUCAUCGUUCGGAAACUCAAACUGAACAGCAAGGGAUGUGCCAAGAUGAUCCUUAUGAUCUAUACAAUACUUGUGAUCCUUUCCCCUGUGCUUUACUGGCUCGGCUGUGAUAAUCCAAGCAACGCUGGUCUAGUUGUCCCGUACCACACCGACUCAAACGCAGUCAGCCCGUCACCAUUUAACACUCUACCAACGAACGUAGAGUACGCAGACGAUCUUACUGCGAGCUGCAAUGUGGAAUGUGAUUGCGCGCCAGAUUUCGUGCCAGUGUGUGGAUCAGACGGUCUUACUUACGCCACAGCAUGUCAUGCUGGCUGUAGGGAUGUUAUGAUGGUGAACAAGGAUGGGGUCAACUCAACGAUAUUUGUGGAGUGUAGCUGCAUCCCUAAGAUUUACCACAAUACUACUAUCGUCGGGGAAGGUGUGCUGAACAGCGGCUUCGCCUCACCUGGAGAAUGCCCUUGGUCUUGUGAUAGACUCUACUAUUUUCUUGGAAUGAUGCUUACUGGGUCCCUCCUUGGAUCUACAGUCUACAACCCAGCUUUUAUGCUUCAGUUUCGGUCACACAGGGAAGAAGAUAGGUCUACGGCCCUUGGUUUCAGUAAUGUUCUGAUGAAACUUGUUGCUUUUAUACCUGGACCUGUAUAUUUCGGAGCUAUUAUCGAGCAAACUUGCCUGCUAUUCCAAGAAUCCUGCGGUAAAACUGGGAACUGUUUGGUCUAUGACAUCAAAGCUUUCAGACUGGUCUUCACUCUCUUUUCGUCAUGCGGUAGAAUUCUAGCCUUUACAUUCUUCUUCAUAGCUUUCCUCUCGGUCCGCCAACAGAAGAAGGAAGAAGAGGGAUUUAUAAAGAUGCACCCUUUACCAACAAAACGAACAGCAUCAGAAGACCUAGUCGAGACGGAACGGAAAUACACAACAGUCUGAAACUAGCGUCUCCUUCAAGAACCCAUAUUUCAUAAAGGGACUAUAUACAUGAUAUAGGGCCAGUCUGCGAAAUCGAUAUAGCUCACGAUCUCACCUCAGACUUAUUAUUACGUUUCUUUUAUAAGAGCCAAAUCGAUGUCGAGCAAGGUAGCAACCCCCAUUACCUUGCCAAGCAAGAUCGUACCAUGGAGCUAGUAGCUCCAUGAUCGUACAAGCCCAGAAUCGGUUCCAUCAAGUCGGUAUAGGCCUACUCAAGGAGUCAUUAUCAUGAUUAUAUUGAUAUUAAACCUGGCUAUGAAGUAUACAAAAGUGACAUUUGUCGUUGUUCUAUGUACUUAUUGCCGAACUGAUCAAAAUCCCAAUCAAGUAAUUUUUCACAAGGUAUUUGGGGUCAAUAUGAAUUUAUAGGGGUGAUCUUACUCCCUACUAGAGAAGUUUGGACAUGUUCAAAAUAUGUGAAUAGUAACCUGCGGAGGGAGGUUGAGUCCCGAGUCGGUGAAGUAGAUUAAUCCCGAUUUCCUUGCCGAGCUUGCCCGACCAGGUUGAAUCUACCAUGGUCUGGCUUGAUCAACUGAAUAAGUUUGGUACUGAGCUGGAACCUAGCGUCAUAUGCCAUUUCCACUGAAGUGAACGUUUUAUUUCCAAUUCGUCUAAUGCCAGUCCUUCUAUUGCCAACUCGUCUACUACAUCAUUUGGUCUACCAUCAGUUCGUACACUCACCAC